AUGGCUCUCGACAACUCUAUCAUCUCAACCGCAAUACCUCGCAUAACCGACGAGUUCAACAGUUUGAAUGAUGUGGGCUGGUACGGAAGCGCAUAUCUUCUUACUACCGCAUCUCUCCAGUUACUCUACGGCAAGCUUUACACAAUAUUCAGCAUCAAGUCCAUUUACCUUAUUGCCAUCACUCUGUUCGAACUGGGAAGUCUGGUUUGCGGUAUCUCACCAAACAGUACUUCCCUUAUUCUCGGUCGCGCUGUCGCAGGCCUCGGGGGUGCUGGAAUCUAUGUCGGGUCCCUCAUCGUUCUCACUCAUACCGUACCUCUCAAGAAGCGCCCAGUUUACACAAGUCUUGUCAGCAGCAUGUGGGGGGUCUCAUCUGUUGCCGGUCCAUUGCUCGGGGGUCUAUUGACUGACAGCCUUUCCUGGCGAUGGUGCUUCUACAUAAACCUUCCAAUCGGGGCUAUCACUGUUCUGGUGAUCAUGCUCUACUUUCCCGAUCCCAUGCGCAGCGCAACUCAACGGACAUGGCGCUCAUGCUUCAUAUGUAUUGACCCCUUAGGCAACCUUCUUUUCAUGCCAGCCAUAAUCUGCCUCUUACUGGCUCUUCAUUGGGGAGGCAUCAGAUACCCUUGGACCUCACCUCAUGUUAUGGGCCUUCUUGUCGCUUUCGCCACGGCAAUUUCAGCGUUCGUCUAUCUGCAAUGUUACAGCGAGGACCACGCUAUGGUUCCACUACGUAUUUUCACACAGCGCAGUGUCUGGUCAUCUUCCUUUUACGCCUUCAACCUAGGCGCUGCCUAUCUCCUAUCCGUUUACUUCCUCCCUAUCUGGUUCCAAACCGUCAAAGGCGCCUCUGCUGUCACUUCAGGAGUCAUGAACCUGCCAUUGCUCGUUGCCGUCGUCAUUUUUUCUAUCGUGGCAGGCACAUUCGUCACUGCUUGGGGAUAUUAUGCCCCUUGGAUGAUUCUGGGUUCUGUUCUCAUGGCUGUCGGUUAUGGUCUUAUUUCCACAUUCAACUCGAACACCCCAUCGUGUCUUUUGGUCGGAUUCCAAAUCCUUGCUGGCGCCGGCGUUGGGGUAGGCAUGCAGCAGCCCUUGAUGGCUGUACAGGUUGUGCUGGACCCGGCAGACUUGCCCACAGGGACUGCGAUCAUUGUUUUCAUGCAGACCAUUGGCGGUGCAAUUUUCGUUGCCGUUGGACAGAUGGCGUUUACCAACAACCUCCUCGAGGGCAUAGUGCAGUAUGUUCCCGACAUGGAUCCACAUAUUAUUAUGGCUUCUGGUGUGACAGCCAUCCGCCAAACCAUUGCUCCGGAGUUGUUGCCUGGCAUCACUCACGCCUACAAUAGUGGCCUGGCGAAAACGUUUCUGAUCAGUGCUAUAACGGCAUCAGCGACUAUCAUCGGGUCGCUUUGUGUCGAAUGGAAGAGCAUCAAGGGCAAGAAUGUGCACAUCAGCAUGGCGUGA